AUGAAGUCCACCCCAGAAGACCUGGCACGAGAACAACGUCUGCGUCGGUACUCGAGAUCCCAAAGCGUCGGCCGCCAUGACGACUGCCCGACCCGCGGUGGUGGAGAGCGCCCUCCGCCACCGGCUGCGAGUGUCUCGCCCUCGCCGGGAUACGUGCUGGAGUGGUCUUCCGGCCUGGCGAGCACUCGGCAGCGCAGGCAUGCAUUGUCGGAUGUAGCAGAGCUCCGCGCGGAGAUGAAAGCAGGCGGGCCGUGCCGGGCCCUCAUCUUGCGGACUGCGCAUGCGGACGGGGGUGUGCGCGACGCCCUGCGCGACGUGGCCGGCGUGGACGGCGCCUUUAUCGACGCCCACGCGGCGGGGAAGCCGUACAGGCCGAGGACGGCGCAGAGCCGGCAUGCUAGCUGGCAGUGCUGGGAGUAUCCCGAGGUAGCUGCUGCCGGGAGGGACUCGGCGCGGACCGUGGCGAUAUCCAGGGCGAGCGUGUGGACCGGGUCGGGCACCCCCAUCCUCCUCGUCGGCAACACCAACACCGCCGUCGUGCAAAGCAAGCCGCCCGAGACGCGCAGCCGCUCAUCCGCGCCGACCACGCACUCGCACUCGACACCCUCGUCGCUCGAGCAAGACCUCCAGGAACUGGCGUCGCUUGGCGGCGACGACGACGAUCGCCUCGAGGACCUCUUGGGCGAGCUCAUCCACGACCGCUGGGCAGACUACCUGGGCGGCGUGGGCGCCGACCCCCCCGCCCAGCAGCACGAGCCGCUCUUCCGAGCACUGCUCUCGCUCGAGGCCAACCUCGACGAGGCGCGCCGUCUCGCCCGCCGGGGGGGAUCGCGUCUCGACGCAGCCGGUCCCUCCGCAUGGAGCGAUCUGAUCCGCCGGCUGCACCUGCGCGCCCAGCUCCGCGGGGCCGUCUCCCCGCCGGAGGUGCUGGCAGCCCAGCGGCAGCAGCAGCACGGCGACGCGCCCGCGCCCGCGCCCGCGCCCGAGGCCGAGGCCGAGGCCAGGACCGACAACCAGCGCAGCCUCGACCGUAUAGCGUAUCUGGGCGGGCUGCUCCUGCCGCUGACUGUGGUGGCGAGCGUGCUGGGCAUGGAGGGCGACUACGGGCCCCAGGGGUCCCGGUUCUGGGUGUUUUGGGUGGCGAGCCUGGCGGCGAGCGUGCUGGCCGUGCUGGUCAUCUACGCGGACCAGCUGCGCUGGGCGGAGGUGUGGCUCAGGAUCGACGCCGACGACGAGGCACCCCCGCUGCCGCUGCCGCUGCCGCUGCCGUUGCCGUUGCCGUUGCCGUUGCAGUCGGCGAGCUACUUCGUUCAGGGGUGGGCGGCCGGGUCCGAGGGGAGCGGGUGGAGGAGAGGCCGGCUGGGGUGGAGCGGCGCGCUGAAGAAGAUGAGCGGGUAUUACAGAUGGAGGGGGGAUCCGGGGCUGGUCUUUGGGAGGAGGCCUGGCGAGGGGAAGCGGCGGGUUGCGUGA